AUGGACUACACAAGAUUCUUGAACCCAGUGGCUCGCAGAUAUCAAGGAUCCUUACUGCGGAGAAUGUACAAGGAGGAGAGGGACGCGAUCUACAUGAGUGGCGGGGUGCCCAAUCCCGUGGCCUUCCCUCUCCAGAGUGCCUCCUUCAAUCUGAUUGGCGGUGGCAGCAUCACUUUGGAUCCCAAACUCAUCACGGAUGCCCAACAAUACGGCCAUUCCAACGGGUACGACCCGUUGGUGAAGCAGCUAAAGUCACUCAUCCAUAGGAUACACUCUCCUCCUUGCUGGGAGAACACGGAUCUCCUGGUGACUCCUGGUGGUCAGAACGGACUGGCUACCUUCAUUGAGAUGAUGACCUGCCCCGGUGAUUACGUUAUCGCCCAAAAUCCCGUCUACAGUGGCGUAAUUUCUUUGUUUCAGCCAUACCUCCCGAAGUGGCUGACUGUUGAGAGCGACAAUGAUGGCAUGAUUCCCGACUCCCUGAGAAGUGCUCUCUCUCGCUGGAAGCCGGAAGAUAUGUACCACAACGAUGAUGGAUUACCAAAGUUGCUCUACAUAACGCCAACUGGCUCCAACCCGACCGGUACUGUGGUCAGCGAGACGAGAAGAAGAGAAAUCUACGCCAUUGCCUGCCAGUACAACCUGCUUAUUCUCGAGGACGACCCUUACUACUUCUUAAACUUUGCUGAUGAUCAGGUGGCGCCACCCUCGUACCUGAGCUUGGACACGGAGGGACGCGUGGUGCGCUUCGACUCCAUGUCCAAGAUCCUGGGGCCUGGCUACCGUGUGGGGUACGUCACGGGCCCCAACUUCCUCGUCGACAAACUCCUCAACCAUCAGCAGACCUCCACCUUCCAUGCCUCUGUCUUAGCCCAGGUGGUGUUGAGCGAGGUGCUGAGGACAUGGGGAGAGGAAGGGUUUCUUGCUCACGGCCAGAGAACGAUGAAGUUUUACCGUGCCCAGAGGGACGUUAUUCUCAAGGCGGUCGAGAAGCACCUCAAGGAUUUAUGUGAAUGGGAGGUGCCGAAGGGCGGCAUGUUUCUAUGGGUCAAGGUGAAGGGCGUCUCAGACACGACAGAGAUGACCUUCAAGCGCGCUCUGGCCAGACAGGUCUCCGUGAUGCCUGGGUCGGCCUUUAUGGCUGACCGUACCAAGCCUUGUCCCUACAUCAGGAUCUCUUUCUCGUCUGCUACGCACCAGGAACUGGAAGAGGGGGUUCGGAGACUCGCUCUGGCCAUUAGAGACGAGCUGAAACUACAGAGCACUGACGAGCAGGGAAAACAGCAGUAAAGCCAAGUUCAAGUAUGUUUAUUGAGACAAGAAAGAAAUGCAUCUCAAAGGGAUAGAGUAGCUUAGGCUAUUUCUACCCCCCACCCUCCAUUAGCAGUAAAGCCACUUCUGGUUCCUCCCAACUCGUUCUUCGGGAUGUGCUCGUUCCAACUCCAGCCCAUCACAAGGAAUCAAUGGUUAUGUUUUUACGGAAUCGACAAAGACUGUUUCCUCAAACAUAAAUGAAUAUAUCAGAGUUUAGUAUAUAGUCGGGACUAUGAUUAGGUGUUUUGAUUCCGUUGGUAAUUAUUUUGUCCUCAGGCUAUGUUCAUUCCAUCCAGCGGCCGAUCCCAAGGACAUAUUCAUCAACUUUAACAUGCUGUUCAUGCAAAUUAAAAAAUUUCCCACAUAUAAAUUUGUAUUAUUAUAUAAUGGAAAAUUGUGUAUGUUUAAGUUAAGUUAGGAGUUUAGGGUCUGUUGGCAAUUAAUUGUAUUUGUAAUACGUGGUUGAUGCAUUUACCAACCCGUCCUCAGACCAAGUCAAUUCCAUCCAGUGGUCGACCCCAAAACCCAAUCAUCAAUUUGAACAUGUUGUU